AUGAGAGAAUCAAACUUUUCUUUCCCUUCGCAAAAUCGUGCAUGCGUUUGCAUUACUUCAGCUCUUUACGACCGAAGAGCUCUAGAUUGUACGGCCAUCUUACCUUUAAUAAACUCUUUGACACAUCUCACGUACCUGACAAGUACAUCUCCUCGUAUUCGUGAAAUUUUAACCAUGGAUGGUGGGUUAGAACGUUUGGUCCGCAUACUGAAAACUACAAAAGCAAAUGACAAAAGAAGUGGUUGGAAGUGGUCCAUGGCAUUUCAGUGUGUCGCCAAUGUUGGAGUGCGUGGCUCUGAAGCUAUCAGAACAAGGGUGGUGGAGGCUGGUAUGGUACCAGUUAUUAUUACGGUUUUGGACAAUUUUUUGAAGGCUUUAGAUCAAGUUAGACCGGAAAAAGAACAAGUCGUAACAGCACUUCCACUAAAUUCCCAACAGUCACUUAUUGCUACAUCACCAUCCCCAUCUGCACCACUCACUACCCCUUUUGUUGGUACUGUAGAAACUGGUAAUUCGUCAAGUCUUAUUCAGAUGUCUGAGGAUUUAGAACAACCUUUCGCUUCUUAUCCACACUCGCAAAUUGAUACUACUAUCUCAAUAUCUUCCAAUACAUCUGAAUAUUUUAAUUCAAAUGAAACUAACACGCACGUCGAUGACGCUGAACAACGCGCAUCUUCAAACCAAAAUCUACGACUUUCAUCAGCCACCGCCUCCACAAACGUGGCUUCAUGGGGUUCUGUAGCAGAUCCCGAAGAAACAACGACGGCCACUUCCCAAAUACCUUCUAAUAACACAGAAAAUAAAGACAUUCUUUUGUCACUUCAAUUGCUAGCUUAUCUUUCGAAAUAUCCUCAACUGCGUGCUACUUUUCACAAUUCAUAUCCUCCUCAUAAUGUAUUUUCCCUUGUGGAGAAAUACACUCAUCGCCUUCAUCCUCAAGAAAUUCAGUAUUGGGCAGGCGUAAUUAUGCGUAAUGCUUGCCGAAAAGAUGAGUCUCGUGGUGGAAUUCGUCAAUGUGCUUAUAUGGCUUGUGGUAAAUGGGAAAGUUACGCCAGAGAAUUCGCUAAAUGUCGAAGGUGUCGUAAAGCAAAAUACUGUUCAAAGGCGUGUCAAUCGAAAGCAUGGAGUGAAGGUCACAGAUGGUGGUGUAUGGAAAGACAUGGACACGGGGAAUCUGAUUCUAAUCAUCAAAACUCACAGUCUAACAAUCAACCGGGGACAACAGCAACGCUACCCACGUCAGCCACUGUAAUGACCGCUGGCCAUCGGUCACGCAAUGGCAAUUACAGCCAUAUUACCGACAAUCUUAUCACCAGGUCUACUGUUACUCAUGAAAGUACAGAAAUGCCAUCUUCAGGAACCUCAUCCGAUAACACUAGUCAUAAUCGCAGAUCCGGUUCUGGUUCUUCGCUUUUAGUUUCGUGA